AUGCCAAAGGAGGAGGUGGAAUUAGCUGUGAGAUCAGUGUCUGCAUGUCGUGAUGACUUUCUCACUUUAAUUGAGUUUGUUGAGUUCUAUAGAAUUGUAUUUGCAAAUAAGGAGGAGGAAAUGGAUAAUGUGAAGGUUGAGAAGGUAAUUAGUGAGGCAUUUAAUGUGUUUGAUCAAAAUGGAGAUGGGUUUACCAGUGCAGUGGAGUUGGCUGAUGUUCUCUCCAGAUUGGGGAAAGAUUUGAGUUGCUGCGAGAGCAUGAUUGAGAGUGUAGAUUAUAAUGGAGAUGGGUUUGUGGAUGUUCAUGAGUUUAGGCAUUUAAUCACCAGAACUUCUUCCAGAGCUUAUCCUUGUCUCCAAUGUGUUGCUGCAAUCUAA